AUGUCAUGGUUCGCGGACCUCGCCGGGAAGGCGGAGAAUCUUCUCAACAAUCUAGACGAACAGACAGGCGCGGUCCUGCGGAAUACCAAUGGCAUUAAACAGAAAAAACAUGAUUUGCUUCACCCAGAACCAACUUGGAGUCAGAAGAAAAAGCCCCUGGUGCGUAAUCCAAGACGAAGUGCACCAAUUUCCGAUACGAGAUCGACUGUUACACCUACAAAUAGAAGCCCCCCAAGUAAAUCUGCCCAAGUGAAACCUUUUAUGAAAUCCCAAGAUGUUUCUUCUCCAGAGAGACUUCAGAAAAAAACUCCACCUAGAAAACCCAAUUACAGUCUCAAUAACAGUCCCAAAACUUUCGCUGAUGAUUUAAAAGAUGAUAUUUAUUUUACUUAUGGUGUGAGGAAAAGACGACUCAGCCUACCAUCAGAUUUAGAAGCAAUCAACACUGAACAGAUGGCAUAUAAUAUGCAAAAUUUGGAAGUUGAAAAUGUUAUGUUAAAAAAUGAACUCAAUGUUGUCAAUAGAGAGGUUUCAGAGUUGCUCGACAGAUUAAGAAAGACUGAAGAUGAAUUACGAACUUCAACAAUAAAAUUGGAAAAUGUCGAUAAACUUAAUCAUCAGUUAAUUGAAGAAAAGGAACUAUUGAGUUCUGAAGUAAGGAAUAUAACAUUAAGUGCAAGCAAUCAGAGCAAUGCUGAACUGAAAUAUAAAGAACAUAUACAAGACUUAAAAACACAGAUGACUUUAUUGAACGAUAGAAAUAAGGAACUAGAUGACAAAAUACAUAAAUUGACUGAGGAUUUGGAACAGAAAGUAACUACACAAUUGAAACUCGAAAAUGAAUUGAGACAUACACACACUACUAUAACAGAAUUGCAAAGUAACUUGGACAAAUCAAACUCAGAGUGUCUUAGAUUAGAAAAGGAUUGGGAAGCUUAUAAAUUAAGAGUGAAGAGUAUGUUAAAUGCCAAAGACAAUGAAAUUAAAUCCAUACGAGAAGGUUCUAAUCUUGACGAAGAUACUAAAGUGUUGAUGGAGCAAUUGCAGUCUUUGAAAGAAGAAAAGGAGGAAUUAUCAGUGGCUAUAAACGAUGUUCGGAAUGAAUCGAAUGAUUUGAAGCAACAUAUGGCUGAACUAGAAUUGAAGUAUAGCGCCGCUGAACGACUAGUGGCGGCGUUGAGAGAUACUUUGAAAGAGGAACGACUUGCAAGGAACAGGGCAGAGGCUCAGUGUGGCUCUUUUAGUAAGGAAAUACAAAACAUACAAAUGGAAAACGGCCAGACGAUAGCCAGUCUGCGUAAAGCGUUACAAGAUAAGGAGAAUGAAUUGAUACAUUUACGAGAAACCGCGUCGUCUGUACGUACGAGCGAUACUAGCGCCUUGAAUGUAGCCGAUUAUGACGUCAUCAGGGAUAUUGACAGUGAGAAAAUACAUUACUUGACACAGACAUUGAUACAGAAACAGGGAAAGAUUGACUCGCUGUUGGCUGAUAAUAAUAUAUUGAGGAUACAGUUGGAUAAAUUGGAGUCUAAAUAUCGAUCUGAAGUGGCGUCACUUCGCGCCAAAUAUUCGCAUAGCGUCGUUCAUUUACAAGAUGGCGGGAAUCGUUUACGUCAUCAAAGUCCGUCGCCGUUGUACGCUUUGUCAUUGAGGCUCGGAUUAAUGAUGAAAAGAUUCCCGAUAUUUAGAGUGCUCAUACUGAUUUAUAUGAUUGGUUUGCAUUUGUGGGUGUUGACGGUACUGUUAACAAGUACGCCAGAAGACUACGUACCAAGGUCGAGUAAAUCGUGA